AGUACUAUUAGUGGAGUAACAGUGGUGGGAUCAGAUGCUCCGUCGGACUACCAUAUUGGCUCCUAGGACCACCGUCGAGAACCCAUCUCCGAUCACCGUACCGCCGUCGUUAGCUCUGACUGUAACUCCGGCGCCAUCGGAUAUAGCCGGAUUUGGUGGGGCCGCUGCCGCCGUCGUCAAGAAGAAUAGGGGAAGGCCGAGGAAGUACGGCCCUGAUGGCCCAGUGGCUAGGGCUCUGUCACCUAAGCCGAUUUCCUCCGCCGCCCCACCUCCGGUCAUCGACUUCUCCGCCGUCGGAAAAAAGGGAAAAGUCCGGUCGGUCGGCUCUUCCGCCAAGCUGCAGCACCAGAACCACCAGAAUCAGCAUAAGCAGCUCAGAACGGACAAAGGGUUUGGGUGACUCGGUUUCGUGUUCCGCUGGCGCAAGUUUUACACCACAUAUAAUCACAGUCAAUGCUGGAGAGGAUGUGACGAUGAAGGUUAUAUCUUUCUCUCAGCAAGGCCCACGAGCAAUAUGCAUUCUCUCAGCAAACGGUGUAGUAUCAAGUAUAACUCUCCGUCAACCUGAUUCUUGUGGUGGUACAUUGACAUAUGAGGGUCGGUUUGAGAUACUGUCGUUGACCGGGUCGUUUAUGCCGAGUGAUACGAGCGGAAUGAGAAAUAGGACAGGUGGCAUGAGCGUUUCGUUGGCUAGUCCAGAUGGUCGUGUUGUCGGUGGUGGAGUUGCAGGUUUGUUAGUAGCUGCAAGUCCGGUGCAGAUUGUGGUGGGAAGUUUUCUAGCGGGUAACCAACACGAGCAAAAAACGAAGAAACACAAAUCCGAGUUAGUGACAGCUGUACAAGCGGCUUCAAUACCGAUUUCCAAUACUGCGAUGGAAGAUAAUAAUAACAAUAAUAAUACAUAUCAUACUUCCUCUUCUUUCCGUGGAGAUAGCUGGUCUCCGAUGCCGCUCGAUAUGAGGAAUUAUAACAAGUCCAAUAAUGACAUUAAUUUAACUUUGCCUUGAUAGUGAGAGGAUUCGACUUUUCGGAAACUUCUAGAAAACCUAUUUUCUUGAAAAUUUACCUCUUUGUUUCGUUGCCUGUAAACCCACGUAGCCAAUUGCAGGUGAAAAUCGUGUAGUAAUUUAGUUCAUUAUGUCGCCUUUUUUUCUUUUUAAAUUAUUUUUUUCCGCCUCUUCGUUAUGAUAGUAGAAUGAUUUAAUUAGAUGUGUAAUAUGUACUAUUGAAGUUCGAACUUGAAUAUCAGUUUUCGAUUUGUAAUUUUGUCGAUGCA